CCGCACUGAGCUCUACUGAUCGCAGCUGGAAGCAUGGUGAGCGGCACGGAGAGCCACCCCGCCGGGAUCCCCCUACCCCCCCCACGGGAAGCCAUGGAGAGCCUGCACCAAGAUAUUUCCAGAGUGACAGAAGGAAAAGCUAACAAGAAUAUAACUCCAGUAGGAGACACACCGAGUUCUCAGGAUCUGUUUAAUGUGACUGUUAACCUACCUGGAGGAGACAGUAUUGAAAUACAGGUAUCAUCCAAAGAACUGGUUCAGGAGAUCAUUCAGGUAUUGAUGGAACAUGAAGAUUCUUGCCAUAGAACAUGCUUUUCACUGCAGUUUGAUGGGAAUGUUCUGGACAGCUUUUCCGAGCUGAAGUCUGUUGAGGGACUGAAAGAAGGUUCUGUUUUAAAAGUUGUGGAGGAACCUUAUACCAUCAGAGAAGCGCGAAUUCACAUACGUCAUUUCAGAGACUUGCUGAAAAGCCUGGAUGUCACAGAUGCCUACAAUGGAGUAGACUGCAGCUCAUUGUCCUUUCUCAGCAGCAUUUCAGAAGGCGACAUUGGAGAUUCUUCCAGUAAUGAAAACAAUGGAAAGAGGAAGAAACGUUCAUCUGCAGAACACGGGCUGGAUGCAAUAGACUGUUCUCCUCCAGAAUAUAUUCUUCCAGGAAGUACGGAGCGGCCAUUACAACCACUUCAACCUAUCAGCAUUGACAACAAGCCUCCGCAAUGUAUGAAAUCACUGAUUAUGAGUGGAUGGAAUCCCCCUCCAGGCAAUCGGAAAAUGCAUGGAGAUCUCUUGUACUUAAGUGUAGUAACUAUGGAAGACCACCAAAUAAAUAUCACUUCUUCCAACAGGGGGUUCUACAUCAACCAAUCAACAGCAGAGGUAUUUAAUCCAAAACCAGCUUCACCGAGCCACCUGAGCCACAGUAUUGUGGAGCUCCUGAACCAGGUCAGCCCAGCCUUUAAGAAGAACUUUUCCAACCUACAAAAGAAGAGGGUUCAUCGUCACCCUCUGGACAGAAUUGCAACUCCUUAUCAAAUUUACAGCUGGAUUGCUCCAAGCAGCAAUCAUAUCAUAGACUGUGUGCGAGCAGAGGAUGCAUACAAUUCACGUCUGGGAUAUGAGGAGCACAUUCCUGGCCAGACAAGGGACUGGAAUGAAGAGCUGCAGACAACUAGAGAACUCCCUCAGGAGCUCCCGACAGAUCUGGUUCUGCGACGAAGAGCAAACUUUAAGAUAAAUUCUGAUUUUGUUGGGGCAUCCACCCGAGGAGCCAUGGCAGUAAUUGAUGGAAACGUUAUGGCAAUUAACCCUGGAGAGGAAACCAAAAUGCAAAUGUUUAUUUGGAACAAUAUCUUUUUUAGCUUUGGCUUUGAUGUAAGAGACCACUACAAGGACCUUGGUGGAGAUCAUGCAGCCCAUGUGGCUGCCACCCAUGACUUGAAGGGAGUACAGGCCUACAGUGAUUUGGACAUUGACGAACUUUAUGUCUUAGGCACUGUGGUUCUCGACUACAGAGGAUACAGAAUAACUGCUCAGUCGAUCAUACCUGGAAUAUUGGACCGUAAGGAAGACCAAAGUGUUGUUUAUGGUUCUAUUGACUUUGGUAAAAGUGUAUCAUCAAACAGGAAAUAUCUAGAUUUACUCCAGAAAACCUGUAAACCACUUUGGAUCAAGAGGCACAGUGUGCUAAAUGAGAAGGAUGAAGAAGUGCUUCUGUGUUCUUCUGUGGAGUGUAAAGGCAUUGUGGGUAAUGAUGGACGACACUACAUUUUGGACCUCCUUAGAACGUUCCCUCCUGAUGUGAACUUCUUACCAUUGAAGGAAGAGGACAAACCAAAAGACUGCCAAAACCUUGGAUUUCCUAAGCCUUAUUGCCACCGACUGUGCAGUUUGAGGCCAGAGCUCAUAGAAAGCUUUGUUCAACGCAAAUAUGCCCAGUUUAUGAAGGUCAUAGUGGACAAGUCACAAAAUGGAGAGUUAUUACAGCCGGACAACAGCGGAGAUAUUUCCCAGAAAGAUGAUCUCAAGGGGGCAGAUAUUGUCAAAGAAGCCUGCAGAGAGGUUGGCUCUGUCACAGACUAUAUAUUUGAUGUACGCUUCAAUCCAGAUGUCUAUUCACCAGUGGUUAGGUUCCCAGCGUCCGAAAACCAGGCCCUUCAGAUACAAAAACGAUUGCUGAGGGAAGCGGCGGACUUUAUUCUCACUGUGCAGAUCCCCACCUUUAUAAAAGCCUGUCUAAAUCAUAUCAUUGUUCCCAUGGAUGGUAAAACCCUAAAAGAGUCUCUUCACUCCCACGGAAUCAAUAUCAGAUAUUUGGGAACAGUCGCUGAGAUGAUUGACAAGAUGAAAGCCCGCCCUUCUCUGGAUUACCUUUAUAGAAUCAUAAUUGUUGAAAUAAUGACCCGUUCAGCCAAAAUGAUCCUACGCAGCUACCUACAGGGAAUAGAGAUGUCGGCGUUGUCCGCUGCGGUCAGCCAUUUUCUGAACUGCUUCUUGAGUUCUUACCCGAAUCCCGUGGCUUAUCUGCUUCCUGAUGAGCUGCUGUCCCGUAAACGCAAGAACAAGAAGAAGAUGCGUCCGCUGGAAAAUGGAGACAGCACGGCCUGGGCCAGUAUGACACCCACUGACCUCUGGAGGCAAAUCCAGCAGAAUGCUAAAGACAACUAUGACUUCACACUUUCAUGCGAUUCUGUGGAGCAGUUGGUUGAGAGGCAUACCCUGCAGAAAGUGACGCUCCUCCGGGAGUUCUGUAUAAAGACUGGAGUUCAGGUUCUCCUGCGGGAAUAUAACUUUGAAAGUCGUCAUAAGCCAGCUUUAACAGAGGAAGACAUUCUGAACAUGUUUCCAGUAGUCAAACACGUCAGCGUUAAGGCCAAGGAGGCGCAGGAAGUAUUCACUAAAGCACAGAUCAGCAUACAGCAGGGAAACCUUAAAGAAGGAGUCGUUUUGUUGAAUGAAGCCCUGGUCCAAUUCAAUAGUGUGUAUGGUGCUAUCCAUCCAGAUAUUGCCACGUGCCUACGCUUGCUUGCCAGGGUCAAGUUAAUUUUGGGAGACAUAGAAGAGGCUCUGGAUAAUCAACAGAAAGCAGUAAUAAUGACGGAGAGAACGCUGGGAUACGACAGCACCAGCGCAGUUCAGGACUAUGUCCUCCUCUCACAUUACUGUUUUGCCAGUGGACAAUUACCAGUAGCUUUGAAACUGCUGUACCGUGCCCGAUACUUGAUGCUGGUCAUAGCAGGUGAAGAUCAUCCUUCCAUGGCCACAUUGGAUAGUAACAUUGGCGUGGUUCUACAAGCUGUGCUUGAAUGUGACUUGUCCCUACGUUUUCUAGAAAAAGCUUUGAGGGUCAACGAAAAGUAUUUUGGGCAGAAGUCCCUGGAUGUUGCCUUAAGCCACCACUUGAUAGCUCUUGCAUAUAUAAGCAAAGUAGAGUUCAGAUCAGCGAUGCAACAUGAGAAAGAGACCUUCACUAUAUACAAAGCUUUGCUCGGCGAUUGUCAUGAACGCACUAGAGAGAGCUCUGCCUUCCUAAAACACGUUACACAGCAAGCCGUCAACUUACAGCGGACCAUGAAUGAGAUCUACAAAAAUGGAUCUCUUUCUACCUUACCUCAUGUCCAGACUGUUCCUCCAGGGAUUGACACUCUCUUGCAACAGCUGAACCUCUUAAAUGGCAUUUUACGGAUCAAUGUUGGCAUUAAUGAUCAGAAUAGUAAAGAACUGCAUACCCAGAAUCAAAAUUCCACAGAAAGUGGUGAAGAGCAAUUAGAACAAGGAGUCAUUUCUGAAGAACAAACAUUGAGUGCCAAGAAGAUAAAAGAUGUGAUCAAAGAUCUAGCUGAAGCUGAACUACAAAAAGAAAGAGCUGAAAAUCAUCCUAAAGGUGACCCUUCCAAAAAUAAAAUUACUGAAGACCAACCAAAAGGUGACACUGCAGAGAUAAACAAAACUGAAGACCAACCCAAAGAUAUCAUGGCAGAAAAAGAUGGAGAUCAAUCCAAAGAUGCCACUUCAGAAAAGGAUAAAGCUGAAAACCAAGCAACAGGUGAAACUGCAGAAAAAGACAGAGCUGAAGACCAACCCAAAGAUGUCAUGGCAGAAAAAGAUGGAGAUCAAUCCAAAGACGCCACUUCAGAAAAGGAUAAAGCUGAAAACCAAGCAACAGGUGAAACUGCAGAAAAAGACAGAGCUGAAGACCAACCCAAAGAUGUCAUGGCAGAAAAAGAUGGAGAUCAAUCCAAAGACGCCACUUCAGAAAAGGAUAAAGCUGAAAACCAAGCAACAAGUGAAACUGCAGAAAAAGACAUAGCUGAAGACCAACCCAAAGAUGUCACUGCAGUAAAAGACGCCGUUACAAACCAUACUGAAGAUGCCAGUGAAGAGAAAGAUAAAGCUGAAGACCAAGACAAAGAUGCAGUGGAGAAACAAGAUAAUAGUCAGACUAACAAGUGUAAGCAGCCAGAGAAUGAAACUGAGGAAACAAAGAGUCUGGAUGAGGAAGCAACUAAAAAUGGUGAGAUCCAUGAUGGGGAUAAAGCCAGAGAAAGUGAUGGACAAAAUGAAGGACCCAAGGCUGAAAAUAAAGAUUAUGUGACUGUUUCUAAGAAUGAAUCAAAUGACAAAUAAAAUGAUAAUUGUGAAUUUCUGGUCUAGAAGACCAACUGCUAGACAAAUACAUUAAUUCUCCCAACCUAGGAUGAUCAAAAGGCAAAAAUGUUCCAGAUAGCAAGAUAAUUCAUUUUUUUCUGCUUCUUUUCCAAAAACUGACUCAAAGCGGAGUAUGGAAAUCAUACUGGACACGGAGUACAUUUUGCUUGCAGUGUCACAUACUUUUAGCAGGGCUUUUGUAACAAAAUAAUUUGUAAAUAUGAACCAACAUCUCAGAUAUGUGCAUUUAUCUCAGGGGUCCUAGGACUGUAUGUGUUUAAUCGACUUACCUCUGUCCCUUAAAAUGUGCAAUAUAUUUUUACCUGGCCUUUUGGAGAUCUGCAUCUGAAGCCUGAGCAGACCAUGGUAAUGGCGCAGUACCUUCAUAAGUCACUUGGGGAAGCAAAAAAUAAAAUA